UUUGGGGAUGAACAUAACCUGGGACUUGAAUGCGAUGCACUGAAAGAGACGCAAAAACGGCUAAAUUAGCUACGUAUACAGCUUACUAGCUGCACUGCUGUCAUUCACGCGAAAAUGAGCGAGUAGUGUCAAACUGAAAACCCACGACCAGGAAUUAGCGAUGUUGUUGCCGUCUGACAUUGCCAGGCUUGUUUUGGGAUAUCUACAACAAGAAGGACUACGGGCCACGAGUCAGGCUUUUAUUCUUGAGAGUCCGAAUCUAAAGGAGUACGCGGAGCACAGUACAGACGAUGGAGCUAUUCCUGCUUGUGUAUUUUCCUUGUUUGGGAAAAACCUGACGACAAUUCUGAAUGAAUAUGUUGCAGUUAAGGCGAAAGAAUCAUGUCACGAGACUCAAGUGCCAGCAAUGAUGACCUCUCUCUGGAAAAAAUUAGAUUUCACCCUCAAUCAAAUCAAAUCUAUGCAGAACUCUCCAGCUGUUUACCAUAAUCAGAGACUCCGUACGCGGAAUGGGAUUGUGAAUAUGAGGGGACAGAGAGCGCUGUCGUCCGCUCGACCCCCGAGCACGGCGCUUCUUUCCAUCCCUCCCCCAUCCGGACAGUACGACGCCAGCCCUCUGGCUACCCCCCAGGGCAUGCUGGGACAUUCCACGCCUGUCUGUUACAGCUCCUUGCAGACGAGGCCCUCCCCACUCUGUGUCAGCCAGCCUCAGAUUCAGGACGGAAGCCGGCUCGUCAUCAACGUGAACCGUGAGUCGCCUUUGCAUAUUGUGGUUCCAGAUCGCAGAAUUAACUCUGGACCGUUAUCUCCAGGUCGAAGGAAAUGUGACUCCCCAAGGAGGAGGGGAGGUGGCUUGUGUGGCCCGAGUGGGACAGGAAGGGCUACUGCUCCCUCUAGUGGCCCAAUCCCAGACCAAGAGCUUGAGGCAGACCAGGACAGUGUUACAGAGAACUUCCCUCAAAUGGUUAUUGAAAAUGCUCGAGAAAAGAUACUGAAUGACAAGUCUUUACAAGAGAAACUUGCAGAAAACAUCAACAAAAUCCUGGGAAGUGACACAAAUCCACAGUCCUUUAAACAAGUGACAUGCAGUACUGUGGUGCAGGAUCAGUCCAUUGAUGAAAUACUUGGCCUCCAGGGGGAGAUCCACAUGACUGAUGAUGCCAUCCGGGAUAUUUUGGAGCAGACCGAGUCUGAUCCUGCCUUCCAGGCUCUCUUUGACCUAUUUGAUUAUGGGAAAAACAAAGAGAGCGAAGGAGAUGGCCAAGGUGACACAAGCCACAGUAACACCACCCAAGAGAGUGAUGAAGCUGACAGCUCUUCUCAGGCCGAGAAUCCAGGUGCUAGCCAAGAAGAACCGAUAUCUGGGGCAGAGACAAGUUGUAGAGCCUUGAGGACAAGAAGCACACAAGAACACAAAAACAAGAAAACCCGAAAAACGGCACACCCUCACUCCAGCACUCCAAAGGCGACUCCCGUGGCGCCACCGUCACGUCCUGCGAAUGAACCCCGACCGAGUAAACGAGGCUCUUCCCACACGAGGACAGGAACAGCUGAAACCAGGACUUCGGCUGGGAGCGAUAAGAAAUCCAGCACUUCUCGAUCUACAGCACGGGGCACCGCUGGCAAGGACACUAGUUCAACAUCUGCAGGAAGAGAUGUGCCGAGCUCCGUGCCUCCUCUGGAGGAAGGCAGCAUGGAAGUUGAUGGGGUAGCAGAGACUGUGGGGCUAACUCAUACGCCAGUCCAACCUUCAGCUCUCCAAACGGAUGCCCAGGAGAGCGCACAGACGUCCAGAGAUCCCGGUGGGGGGAAUUCACAUCCAUCUGCAAGUAGUGCAACACCGUUUUUAGCUGCAGCUGUUGUCUGUGCACCAUCUGGAAACAGCCAACCUGUGAGGUUGCCUGAGGGGCAGACCCAAGGGGUCCAGGCUGAUGUUCCUCAGUUUGAAGGUGCAGCACAACCUGCUGGAUCACAUCCGAGUCAAGCCACAGCCCUUCCUGUCUCUCCAUACAGGCUUGAUCAGCCUAAUAAGGCUGGAACAGGACACUCCCACUCCUCCCCCUGUGAGGCACCCACAAGGGGGUGCCAUUCUGAUGUUCAGGAACCUGCCGUCCCUGGUGCCUCAAUCUCAGGGAUGACUGUUCCUGGAACGUCAUUAAUACCAUUGCCUAACCCCACGGUCAAAGAACCAGACCCCAGCAAAAUAGUCUCUCUGAAGAUCAUAGUGAGCGACGAACAGGAGGAGCAGUCCGGCGACUCCGCCCUGAGCCAGGCCAUCUCGAGCAUCACCGGGGAGAGAAUCCCCACCAUCAUCCUCUCCUCUCCGGCCAAGUCCCCUGCCAAGGUCCCUCCAGCAGCCGGCACACCCAUAACCCAAGAGGAGACGGUCCAGGCCGUCUGCUGCUUACAGGGUGCAGACCUCAGUUCCGUCGCGGGCAAAGUUGGGGAAGCAGGCCUCGCCGUUGACGAGAACGUUCAGCUGUCUCUUGCCGGCGAGUUGACGCAGGAGGCGGGGUUCAUCCAGCUGGUGCCUGGCACCGCCUCCAGCAGCUACUUCAUUAUGACGGACCCAGCGACCGUCAGCCAGCAGUCCAAGGUGAUGGUGCUUCCGGGCUGCACCCCACUGGGGCAGGUGUCCUCUUCGUCACAUGUGCUGGCGACCCCGCCCCGCCCUGUCAUCUCCGUAGCACAGGACAUCUCUCAGACCUACUCAUCUGGCUCCACACUCUUCAUAUCCUCUCCAUCCCAACCGAUGUUGCAAAGCAUGAUGGUCCCUGUAUCAGUUGUUGGGCAGAGCAGCGUGGGGAAGUUUGCCGUUGUCCCCAAUCAGCUAUUGCAAGUGACUGCUCCUGCUGUUAAAACACCUGCAAAAGUGAAACCAAAACCAAAACUGGCACCCAAGGACAAAACAGUUUCAGGCAAAAGUAAAACAAGUGUAUCAAACUUGGCUAUGAAGACUAAAGACCCAAACCUGCAGCAGUUGUCAGCAGCUCCUAAUCCACAGACUGUGGGGGCAGCGGUCCCACCCCAGCCCCCAGAGGCCACAGAACAGCAGAACGCUCCAGAGAAAGCUCCAGCAGGACAGGUUCCAGCUCCCGGCUCCAGCCCCCAUACUCACAGGAGGGUGCUCUGCUUUGACGUUUCAGCCGAAAAGCAUGGCUCUACUCAAAGUCCCGUUCCGGGAAAAGAGACCCCUUCGCCCUCUAGGGGAACAGUGACAGUUGUUCCUGCUGCCCCUGUUGCAGCCUCUCCUGGCCAGCAGAGUCAGAAAGAAACUCCCAGUGGUCAGGCAGCCGGUGGCAACAAACCCAGGGCAAUACAGCCAGCCAUUCUGCGUGGCAGCAGGACCCCUGAUGCAAAAGUGAGAUCAGAGGUGACAAAAUGCACAGACAAUACGAAACCCUCAGAGACCCUAAAGGAGGCAGAGAAAAGCACCAUGGGAGAGUCACUAGGUUCGUCCAGUGAUGCCGUGGAACAGGGGACAAAAACUCAAAGUACGAGUAGCAGGAAGGACACUACUCAGCCAGAACCCUCUAAGAGGAAGGAGUCCAGGAGGAAAUCCCAGCAGUUGGAAAAGAAGGAUGAUGAGGGAGUCCUGAGCACUCAGACUGUCAAGUCCUCAGCCCCCGAUCAAAAAACACUGAAAUCAGCUGGAGCCAAGAAGCAAGCCGAGGAGAAGAGCAGAACAGAGGUGUGUGAAAGUGUACAGAAGGGCAAGGAGGGGCGGCCAGAGAGAAGGAGCUCCUCCCAAGGCCCUCACCAUGUCACAGCCAACAAGGAGAACGAGGUGGAGAGGGGCAGGGGGGAGCCGCACCCAGAAAACGCCACAGCCCAAGGGGAAUCGCCAGCCUCCGUGGGCUGUGCAGCACCUCCUGCACAGGGCAAUCCUAGCAGAGCGCCAAGCAUGACCAGCCCCCUCACCAAACAGGCUGCCGAGAUGCUGCAGGGCAUCCAAGGGCAGAGCCCCGCUUCCACGCCCUCCAAGAGGCUGGGCUGUCCCGGGCUGCCCCUUCCCAGAACCCCGGGGUCCGGGCGCCACCCGGAGGAACCGGCAGACUGCAUGAGGACCCCCGUUCGACAGAGAGCCGGGCGGGACGGGGAGGGCACUCCCCGACACCUCCCGCCGCCCGCCACGCCCGACAUCCCCACCUGCAGCCCCGCCAGCGAAGCCGGGAGCGAGAACAGCAUAAACAUGGCGGCCCACACGCUGAUGAUCCUGUCCCGCGCCGCCAUCGCCAGAACGGGCACGCCGCUGAAGGACAGCGUGCGCCAGCAGGGGGCGGCCUCCUCCACGGCCUCCAAGGGCAAGAAACGCAAGAUGGCAGAGCCGCUCACCAGUCCCACCGCCAAGAAAGAGGCGCAACAUUCUGGGUCAGCCACCAGCAAGAAGGCAGCUAAGAAGCAGAAGAAGAUGCUGGAUUCUUUCCCAGAUGACCUUGAUGUGGACAAGUUCCUAUCAUCACUGCACUAUGAUGAGUGAGACCUGGCAGACGGAGAAGAAAAUUCUCAAGUAGGACACUAGUUAGUGAAUAGCCCUAGCCCAGGGGUUACCCCAUACAGGAGCUGUGGUGGUCCUGUGAAGACUUGCCGAUAUCAGGUGAUCAAGAGGGAAUGUGAAGUCUAGACGGUCAGAUGAACUGUGAGGAAGGUGGAAGGACACAGAAAUGCAAUUUUUUUUCAUUUUCAAAUAAACCAUUUUUGGUUUCUGUUUUAGUCUGUCGUUACUUGUGGUUCCUCAGGUAUCAUUGUUUCCUUUGCUCUUCACUUUAGAGCAGUAGGCUGCAGUAUAGCAUGGUGGUUUUGGAGGUGGGCUUGGAACCACAGCACAAGUUGGAAUUCCAGUGUGGUGUCUGCUGUUGUACCCUAAAGCAAAAUACUUAACCUCAACAGCUUUCUUUUUAGUGUCCAACUGUAUAAAUGGAUAAUGUGUAAUAAUAGACUCCUGCAGGUUACCCUGGAUAAGGUCACCCAAGAAAAUAAACAGGUAAUUCUAGCAAGGCAGUGAGGCAUGUCGUUCUUAUGGCAAGAGUCAUGGAGUGGGGUGUGUAACUCCAUGCAGGAUAUACUUAUGCAUACUUUGGAUGGGUAUUGGAUGGGUUUCAUUAACUCAGGCUAGGGGGUCUGUAACU